AUGCCUGUGACAGAGUUUGCGUUCAAGGAGAAGUACAAGUAUCAGAAUGGCUUCAACUCUUACCACGAGAGUGAAGCAGUAGAAGGCGCACUUCCCAUCGGCGCAAACUCCCCACAAAAGCCUCCAUACGGUCUCUACGCCGAGAAGCUAUCAGGGACUGCCUUCACAGCCCCACGCCACGAGAACCAGCAAACAUGGCUCUACCGCAUCCUCCCCUCAUGCGGGCACAGCAACUUCGAACCCCGCGAAUCCAAGACCUUCAACACAAACCCUGAGAAUAAGCCCUGGGAAAAGAUCCACUUCAUCCCCAACCAGCUCCGAUGGGAUCCCUUCGACUUGGACGAGACAGUAGACUGGGUGCACUCACUCCACCUCGUCGCAGGCAACGGCGACCCAACCACCAAGACGGGCGUGGGAUACUUCAUCUACGCGCCCUUCUACUCCGCCGACGGCGACUUCCUCAUCGUCCCGCAACACGGCAUUCUCGACAUCCAAACCGAACUCGGCCGCCUCGUCGUGCGCCCCAACGAAAUCUGCGUCAUACCCAGAGGUAUACGAUACCGCGUUACGCUGCCCGACGGCCCUGUGCGCGGCUACAUCCUCGAGCUGUACGAGGGCCAUUUUCAACUCCCUGAGCUGGGCCCUAUUGGGUCGAAUUGCCUCGCCAAUGCGCGAGACUUCCAAGCCCCCGUGGCUGACUUCGACGAAGAUACCGAGUCCGAGUGGCAUGUGCUGGGCAAGUUCGCUGGCCAUUUAUACGCGGCGAAGCAGAACCACACGCCGUUUGACGUCGUGGCGUGGCAUGGAUUGUACUAUCCGUACAAGUACGAUUUGGGGCGAUUCAACACCAUUGGCUCGAUAUCAUUUGACCAUCCGGAUCCGUCCAUCUUUACGGUGUUGACGGCGCAAACUGCACAUGCCGGCACGGCGCUGGCGGACUUUGUCAUUUUCCCGCCAAGAUGGCUUGUAGCGGAGAACACGUUCCGCCCGCCGUGGUAUCACAGGAACACCAUGUCGGAGUUCAUGGGGUUGAUUGGAGGGCAGUACGAUGCGAAGACGGGUGGUGGCUUCCAGCCUGCUGGUGCGUCGCUGCAUAAUAUCAUGUCGGGACAUGGACCGGAUGCUGCGACGCAUGAGAAGGCGAGCAACGUGAACUUGCAACCGAACAAGGUUGGGGAGGGCAGUAUGGCUUUCAUGUUUGAGAGUUGCUUGAUGAUCGGUGUGACGGACUGGGGCUUGAAGCAGUGUAAGAAGGUGCAGGAGGACUACAACGCCGAGAGCUGGGAGCCACUGAAGCCGCACUUCAAGAGGCCGGGACCAAAGAAGAUCGAUAAUGGAAUCUCGCCAUUGAAGGAAGGUGUGGAAGGAGACAAGGGACAGGUCCCACAUUACACCUGA